AUGACAUUUAAUACAGAGAAAGUCCUAGAAAGUCUGAGUUUGUGGUCCCAUACCUUUUCUGCCCUGGCUGGUGCCCUAAAUGAUAUUCACACAGAAUUCAAUGUCAGAGAGAAGAUCGUUCGCACUACAACUGACAACGGAUCUAACUUCCUGAAAGCCUUCAGAGUUUAUGGGCAGAUGGACGAGAAGAACGACAAUCCUGCAUCUGUCGGAGAGGGUGAUGGAGAAGAGGAUGAUGGUGGCCAAAAUGAUGAUUACGAUGAAGAAGAGGAAAGCGUCGAGGGUGUUGAAUUUGUUGAUGCCGGAGCCCUGUUGGACAAAGAUGACUACUUGGAAUACCAGCUACCCAAACACCAUCGCUGCGCAUGCCACCUCCUCAAUUUGGUGUCUACAGUUGAGAGGUCAACCCAUUGUACAAGCGUGUGUCAAGAAAGAAUAGUGAGAACAACAAGAGAACAAGGUGAAGGAGCCUUUGCAGCUGUCUGCAGUGAACUAGAUACACCUAAGUUUACUCCAGUGGAACUUGGAUUCCUUGCAGAAUAUGUGAAGACAAUGAGCCCAGUUGCAAGGGCACUGGAUGUUCUUCAGGGAGAAACCAGUGUGCAGAUGGGAUGGUUGGUCCCCACCAUAACUCUACUAAAGACCAAGCUCCAGCACCUUCACAGCGCCUCCAGGUUCUGUGAACCUUUGAUUGCUGUACUUCUUUCAGGCCUUGAAAAACGCUUUGGCGAGAUGCUUGCAGAUCCAGAGCUGAUAGCUGCAGCCAUUCUAGUUCCUAAAUUUAGGACCUGCUGGACAAGUGAUGAAAAUAUCCUCAAAGUUGGCCUUGACUAUAUCAGAGGCCACUUGGACUGUCGGGCCGAGUAUCACAUCACUGAAGGCUCCCAAUCAUCUGAGGAAGAGGACUUCUUCUCCUCCUUGAAGAAGACCGGCCCUCUUGAAACGGCCCAGCAGUUGGAUACGUACCUGGGGUGCCCAGGAGACACAGUAGAGGUACUGAAGUCCUUCCCAGCUGUGUUCCAGCUAUCACUUAAGCUUAAUACGGCACUCCCUGCCUCAGCAGCCUGUGAAAGACUGUUUAGUGUUGCAGGUCUCAUCUUCAGGCCAAGAAGGGCAAGCAUUGGCUCAAAGAACUUUGAGAAUCAGCUGCUUUUGCGGCUUAACAAAGGUUAUUGGUAAUUCUUUGUUGCAUGUUCUGCACUUAACUGAUGUAGAUCCUGAGUACAAAA